GUUUACCUCCCAGCUGGCUCCAAAUCGGACCUGAAUUCUCUGCGUUUGAGUUUUUGUUUAUUUCCUGUGGAAACAUGAGCGUGUGAGCCCACAGAGCGGGAACAUGAGGCGUCUGCUGCUGCUGAGUCUGGGGCUCCAGGUCCUCCUGCUGGGUCGCUGUUUGGAGUUUGUGAUCGAUGGAGAACGGGAGGAUGAGGCGUCAGAUUUUCGGGAUCACCGGGAGAGGCAGAAGAGGGCAACGGUGACCAGUGAAGAGGAGGAGGACUUCAUGGCCGUCCGUGGAGACAACAUCACCGUCAAGAGCUACAAGGUGGAGAGCCGCAUCACGUCCCGCUUCGCUCACACCACCUACAAGAGCUCCGUGGUCAAUUCUGGCUCCAAACCUCAGAGCAUCGGCUUCAACGUGCACAUCCCCAAACGGGCGUUCAUCUCCAACUUCACCAUGAACGUGAACGGAAUCACGUUUGUGGGCUCGGUGAAGGACAAGGUCGUGGCCAGAAACCUCUACACUAAGGCCAAGUCCAGAAACAAGGCGGCGGGCAUCGUCAGGACCAACUCCCAGGACAUGGAAACCUUCAAGACGGAGGUCCACGUUCCACCAGGAAGCAACAUCGAGUUUGAGCUCCACUACCAAGAAAUGAUGCAGAGGAAGCUGGGCUUCUACGAACAUACGCUGUACCUGCAGCCUGGAAGACUGGUGCCAACGUUUCAGGUGGAUGUACACGUGUACGAACCCAAAGGCAUUUCCAGCAUCAGGACGCCGAACACCCUCGGAGCUCAGUUCUCAGACCUGAUCAAAGUGAACUCUUCAGCAGAUAAGGCUCACGUCGUCUUCAAGCCGAGUUUGCAGAUGCAGAGAAAGUGUGAGACCUGCACAGACAGCGCCAUCGACGGCAUCUUCACGGUCAUUUACGACGUGAACAGAGACAGCAACGCCGGAGAGCUGCAGGUGUCAGAUGGUCACUUUGUCCAUUUCUUCGCUCCAUCCAAACUCUCGCCUCUUCCUAAAAACAUCGUGUUUGUCAUCGAUGUCAGCGGGUCCAUGUGGGGGGUCAAGAUGAAGCAAACAGUGCAGGCCAUGCAGGCCAUUCUCGAUGACCUGACCAUGGACGAUCACUUCGCCGUCAUAGACUUCAACCACAACGUGAGAUGUUGGCGCGAGGACCUGGUGGCUGCCUCUCCUAUUCAGAUCGGAGAUGCAAAGAACUACAUCCAGAACAUCAGACCCUCUGGAGGCACAAACAUCAACGAGGCGCUGCUGAGAGCCGUGCAGAUGCUGGUGAGGGCGUCCAACCAGCAUCUGAUCGACCCUCGGUCCGUUUCUAUGGUCAUCUUUGUGUCGGAUGGAGACCCCACAGUGGGAGAGAUCAAGCUCAGCACCAUCCAGAGGAACGUGAAGCGAGUCAUGAGGGAGGACUUCUCCCUCUUCUCUCUGGGCAUGGGCUUUGACGUGGACUACGACUUCCUGGAGCGCAUCUCCAUGGAGAACCGGGGCGUGGCUCAGAGGAUCUACGGCAACCACGACGCUGCCGAGCAGCUGCGGACGUUCUACAGACAGGUAUCCAGCCCUUUGCUGCGACAGAUCACCAUCCAGUUCCCGGAGGACUCGGUCACAGACGUCACCCAGAACCGCUUCGACAAGUUCUUCGACGGCUCUGAGCUGGUGGUGUCCGGGAAGGUUCUGCCUUCGGAGAGCACCAAACUGACCAGCAUCAUCAGUGCAUACGCUGCAAGUUUGGACAUCAACUUGGUGACGGAGGCAGACGUGUCGGAGCUGGACAUGCAGCUGGCCAAACAUCAGCACUCCUUCACGGGUUUUGCUAAACAGAUGUGGGCUUAUCUGACCAUCAAACAGCUGAUCAGUGAGAGGUCCUUUGCUCCAACAGCGGCUAAAAAGCGGAAGAUCACCCAGCGGGUCAUGGCUUUAGCGGUGGAGCAUCAGUUUGUCACCCCGCUCACCGCUCUGCUGGUGGAGAGUGAGGACGCCACUGAGAGGCUGCUGGCCGACUCCCCGAAGGACCCCAAAAAAGGCUGCUGCUCAACGCUCUCCGGCCCCACUCCGGUGCAGUUCGUCUACCAGCCUCCACCCUCCUGGCUCCAGCUGAGCACUCAGGCGCCCCUGCAUGAGGUGAAGGAGUCCACGGUGGAGGAGAUAACGCUGACGCAGGGGGUUAACUUAGUUGAUAAUGACCCCCACUUCAUCAUUCACCUGCCCGGGAGGUCCAUGACCGUGUGCUUUAAUGUCGACUCCAAACCCGGGGACGUCCUCAGCCUGGUGUCGGACGAGGGAACAGGUGUCGCGGUGAACGGUCAGUUAAUCGGCUCAAAGAAGGCCCUCAAAAACAAACUCAGAACCUACUUUGGCGUCAUCUCAGUCUACUACCAGCCUCAAGGAGCCAGCGUGACGGUCGGCACUGACCUCAUCACCCUGACUGACGGCAGGAACAAUAACUCUUUCACCUGGGGGGCCACAGUCGACGUCACACAGGACGGGGUGAGGGUUUCCAUUGUGAAGGACUCUCACGUGAAUGUCACCAUUAAUAAUAAUAUCCAGGUGAUGGUUCUGCUUCACCGCGUGUGGAAGAAACAUCCCGUCAACGUCGACUUCCUGGGCAUUUACAUUCCCAACAAUAACCAGUAUUCCCCUCUGGUUCAUGGACUCAUAGGACAGUUUUCCAGAGAGCCUGAGGUGAGGGUGUACGACGUCCACGAAGGACUCGACCCUCUGAAGAAGGAAGCUACCAUGGAGGUGAAGGGCAGCAGGCUGCUCGUCACCAGGGGCUGGCAGAAGGACUACAGGCGCGACACAAAGCUUGGCACCAACGUUUACUGCUGGUUUGUCCACAACAGUGGGAAGGGCUUCAUCGACGGCCGCUACACCGACUACAUCGUACCCGGUCUGAACAGCUUCCUCCACAUGAACUGAGAGAAAAACUUGCAGUUCUAAAUACACCAGGAUGUGACUUUUUCCAAAGAACAAUUCCACAAAAAUGUAUUUUUGAAAAACUUUAUUGAGACCAAAUUCAAACCUCGACUCGUCACAGUAUUAAAAAAACAUGAAACUGUU